UUCUGAUCAUUCAGACCAAACCAGCAGCUUCCUCUGAGUGAGUCCAGCUGCAGGAGAGAAAAGUGGAAACCUCCAACACUGCUGCUUCAAGCUGCUCACACUCCACACACUGAAGCUUCACUCAGAGACUAAAUGGCUUCCAGGUUAGAGGAGGAUCUCUGCUGUCCGGUCUGUCAGGACGUCUUUAAGGAUCCAGUUCUUCUGUCAUGUAGCCACAGCUUCUGUAAGGAGUGUCUGGAGAACUGGUGGAGAGAGAAACCAGUAAAAGAGUGUCCAGUUUGUAAAACAAUUAGUCUCACCCCAAAUCCUCCAUGUAAUCGGGUUCUGAAGAACCUGUGUGAGACCUUCUUACAGGAGAGAGACCAGAGAGCUUCAGAGGAUCUCUGCAGUCUGCACUCUGAGAAAUUCAAACUCUUCUGUCUCGACCAUCAGCAGCCAGUGUGUGUCGUCUGCAGAGAUUCAAAUGUCCACAGAAACCACAGUUUUGUACCUAUAGAUGAAGCUGCACAUGAAAUAAAAAUAAGUCUUUGUUCGUCUUUAGAAACCUUGAAGAAGAUGCUGGAGGUAAGGAAGAAAGUUCAAGAGGAGUUUGAUCAGACAGCAGAACACAUGAAGGUCCAGGCCCGACACACAGAGAGGCUGAUUAAGGAGCAGUUUAAGAAGCUUCAUCAGUUUCUAGCAGAGGAAGAGGAGGCCAGGCUGGCUGCACUGAGGGAGGAAGAGGAGCAGAAGAGAGGGAUGAUGAAGGAGAAGAUGGAGGCUCUGAGCAGAGAGAUAGCAGCUCUUUCAGACACAGUCAGAGCCACAGAGGAGGAGCUGAGAGCUGAAGACGUCUCAUUCCUGAACAACUACAAGGCUGCAGUGGAAAGAGUCCAGCGCUGCCCCCUGCUCGAGGAUCCACAGCUGCCCUCAGGAGCUCUGAUAGACCAGGCCAAACAUCUGGGCAACCUGGCCUUCAACAUCUGGAGCAACAUGAAGAACAUGGUGUCCUACACUCCUCUCAUCCUGGACCCAAACACUGCUGGUUCAGAACUCGUCCUGUCUGAAGACCUGACCAGUGGGACUGUAGGAGAGGAACAAAAGCUUCUUGAUAAUCCAGAGAGGUUUGGGUUUUGGUCCUGUUCUGUCCUGAGUUCUGAGGGCUUUAACUCAGGGAAUCACAGCUGGGAUGUUGAUGUUGGAGACAGUGGAGGUUGGAGACUUGGUGUGUUAGAAGAGUCUACCAAGAGGAAGGGAAUUAUAGUGUCUGGAUUGUUGAUUAUAUGGUUGUUUGAAGGGAAAUACUAUGCGCAAUCUCCACCAGCUCCUCCUGAAGUUCUGUCAGUAGAGAAGAAGCUCCAGAGGAUCCGAGUGAAUCUGGACUGGGACAGAGGAAAGCUGUCCUUCUCUGAUCUGGAGACAAACACACAUAUACACAGCUUUCACACACACAAAUUCACUGACAAGAUGUUUCCAUUAUUUUCCACUGGUGAUGAUACAGUAAAAAUCUUACCCAUGAAGAUCUCAGUGAGCAAACAGCAGCUCUGAUGUUCUCAGCAUGAAGAACACAAAGUCCAAAUGAAACCUUAU